CACACUCCAGCCUGGGUGACAGAGCCAGACCCUCUCAAAAUAAUAGUAAUAAAUAAUAAUAAAGUUAGGAGUGAUCAGGCCCUGAACAGGGAAGUGUUCUGUCCAAGGUCACAGAGCAAAGAGAACCCAGGUGCCCACAACUCAGCCAAGAGUCUUGACCCCUCUGUCGUCAACUGCACACACGCUGCACAUUCUACCAGCUCCUAGGCUUCUCUCCACAUCUGACUUCUCCAGGCCUGGACUGUGGGUAGCUUUUUGGACGGAAAGAAGCAGAAAGCAGCAGGAGCUGCUCUCCGAGGACCACACCUCAAAGAGCAAGAUCCCCAGGUGGGAUCGCUCUGAGGCUUCAGGCAGGGGAGGCUGGCUUGAAAGCCGAUCUCCAAGAGGGCGUGGCUCCAAAAUGCUGGCAAAUAAAGCCUGGAGAGCCAGCAACAGUCUGGAGACCAGCAGGAGGGACAGGAAAACUGCAAGCCGCUCUGUUCCUGGGCCUAGGAAGUGAUGCUCAUGGCGUCCCCUCAAACCCUGGUUCUCUGUCUGCUGGUCCUGGCAGUCACUGAAGCCUGCGGCCAGGAGGCAGUCAUCCCAGGCUGCCACUUGCACCGUGAGUACCUCUGGCAGCAGACAGCUAGGAGGAGUGGAGGUUCUGGGUGGGAGCAUAGAGCUGAUAGAGUGGACAGUGGGGCAAGCAGCACCCUAGAGGGCCCCACACUGAGGCACAGGCAACAGGAGCUGGGGCGAGGCAAACCUUGGCAGAGGCACCGUCUACUGCUUGCCUGUCUCCCUCUAGCCUUCAAUGUGACAGUGCGAAGUGACCGCCAAGGCACCUGCCAGGGCUCCCACAUGGCACAGGCCUGUGUGGGUCACUGUGAGUCCAGCGCCUUCCCUUCUCGGUACUCUGUGCUGGUGGCCAGUGGCUACCGACACAACAUCACCUCCGUCUCUCAGUGCUGCACCAUCAGUGGUCUGAAGAAGGUCAGAGUACAGCUGCAGUGUGUGGGGAGCCGGAGGGAGGAGCUCGAGAUCUUCACUGCCCGGGCCUGCCAGUGUGACAUGUGUCGCCUCUCUCGCUACUAGCCCAUCCUCUCCCCUCCUUCCUCCCCUGGGUCACAGGACUUGACAUUCUGGUGGGGGAAACCUGUGUUCGAGCUUCAAAAACUGGAAGGCGCUCCAACCCUGCUGGUUACUUGCUAUGGAAUUUUUUUAAAUAAGGGAGGGUUGUUCCAGCUUUGACCCUUUGUAAGAUUUCGUGACUGUCACCUGAGAAGAGGGGAGUUUCUGCUUUCUUCCCUGCCUUUGCCUGGCCCUUCUAAACCGAUCUUUAUCAUUUUACUUCCCUCUUUGCCCUUACCCCUAAAUAAAGCAAGCAGUUCUUGA